GACAUUAAAAAAAGUUCAUUCUAAAUGAAAUGAAAUGAAAUGUGCGAUUUUUGCUGUGAUAUGUGGAUAUUUUGUCGUGAAUCGUAUUAUUCACCCUUAUUUCUUAGUUUUAUGAAGUGCCAAUCCAAUCUAUAAAGUGCUAAUUCUAUAUGUUAAGAGUACCUUUAAUAUUUACAGUGUAAAUAAAUAAAUUUUAGCCAAAAUGUAUUCCGGCAAAGAUGCCGUAAACCCGUCUUAUCCCACGCAGUGGGCCUUGAAUCCCACUGCGUAUCAAAAUGUAGAUUCCAACUCGGUAGACUGGGCCUCAUUAGCUCAACAAUGGAUAGCUAUGAAAGAGGCAGCGGCCAUAGUCGGCGUGCCAACGAAGACCGACAUCGAAGAAGGCGAAGCACCCAUGGAGGUGGAAAAUCCCGACACGAACAGCGACGCGUCGGGGCCAGGUGACUGGAACGCCAACUCCAACUCUUGGGGCAAUAACUGGAAUCAGUGGGGAUGGGGCAACAUGCAGUCAGAUGCUGCUAUGAUUCCAGGCAUGAUAGAUGGCUACACUGUACCACCAGAUGGCUCUACUGCAAUGCCUGGAUACACAACAGCGGGCGUGGGAGCGCCGACGUUCCAGCACGGAUACUGGACGGCGUCGCAGCCCGAGAACAACAACCGGAGCACCUCGCGCGACCGCACCAAGCGGAGCAACAGGGACUCCAAAUCAUCAAGGAGCCACCGCUCGCAUCGACCAAGGGAAAAGGCGCCACCUGUAGCACCGCCAGUGAUAGAGCCAGUGAUGGUUCCGGCGGUGGCGCCCACACCCACCAUCGAUGCGGCGAAACGAAGGCAGCUGCCCGCGUGGAUUAGAGAAGGUCUAGAAAAGAUGGAGCGAGAAAAGCAGCGUGCGAUCGAGCGCGAGCAAGAGAAGCAAGCGCGUGAAGAAGCAGAGAAGCAAAAGAAGCUUCUAGAAGAACAGGAACUCGAGCGGAUGAAGGCCGAGGCGGAGGCCAGCGGGCAGCCGCUGCCGCCGCCUAAGAGCAAAUUCGACACAGAUUCAGAAGGCGAAUCGGAAGAGAAGGAGGGUGUGGAGGUGCCGCCGCCGCCCGACCUCGGCGCGCCGCCCGCGCCCGCGCCCGCGCCGCCGCUCUACUCGCAGCCCGCGCCCGCGCCGGCGCCCGAGCCUCCGCAGCGCUCCAAGGAGGAGAUCAUGCAGGAAGUGAUGCUGACAGUUCGGCGUUCACUCACUGAGAUCCUACUGGAGGUGACCGACCACGAGAUUCAUAUGGUGAGCCAAGAAGAGUUGGCCCGGUAUAACGCCGCACAAGCGUCGCGUCUCAACGCCAUCAAAGCUAGCAAGUCCAAGGCGCUCGCUGCUAUCGCUAGUGGUCUUGGGCUGGGCGCGUACGAGAGCAGCAGCGAGGACAGCGGCGACGAGCAGCGGGACGAGCUCACGGACCAGCAGUUGCAGGACAUAAUCAAGCGCAAGCGAGUGGAGUUCGAGCGGACGUCGCGCGAGAUCGAGGCCGAGGUGCGACGGGCGGAGCUCGGCGAAACAUCGCCGCCCGCCACGCCGGAGCCGCACACACGUGCAUCAGCGACGCCGCCACCCGUGGACAGCGACACGCCAGAAAAGCUCCCGGAACGUCGCCUCUCCAGAGACAAGAAGAACAACCACAAAUCCGUAGACAAGGUCGAUGGAGUCCGGAAACUGAACACUAUCCUAGAGGAGAAACCAAAGAAGUCGAGCAAACGCGAGCGCACUCCGAGCCCGCUCAAAAACAACAAGGAGCGCUCUUCCUCGCCAUCCAGCGAUUCAGAAGAAGACUCUUCCAGCUCCAGCGAAUCUUCUUCCCCUAGUGAGCCCGAAAUCAAAGUAGAAACCAAACCCAAAAAGCGCAAACGAUCCUCCUCCAAAGACUCCCGGCACAAAUCAAAGAAACAAAAGAAGGAAAAGUCUCACAAGUCAGAGAAAGACGACAGAGACCGCCACUCCAGAACGAAACACUACGACGAUUAUGAGGAGAAAUCUAGAUCUAAACGAAAAGACGACUACGACAAGUACAAACGGAGUAGGGAUUACGACAGACACAAGGAUAAAUAUAGGGAUGAGUCCGACGAGGAAAGGCCUCGGAAGAGGUCGAAGCGGUCGCGGUCGACGAGCUACCGGUCGCGGGACCGGUCGGAGGACCGGCGGCGGGAGAAGAGGUCGUACGACCGAAGCAGCUCCAAACGCGACCGCGAGCACGACAAGUACGAUAGGUAUGAGCGGUAUAGGGACGACCGACGGCGCGAUCGCAGCCGCAGCCGCUCCCGACACCGCCGUUGAACCCACCGACGCUACAGGUUGUAUUUCUUUUCUAUUAUUUAGAUUAAGCACACGGUGUAUACCCGAUAAGUGCCACUAAUUAGCGUAAAAGAUAACGAAUAGUUUUUAACAUUAGUUUUAACUGCGCUUUUUAGUGCCUUCUGUUAAUUAAAACUUAUAUUUAUACUUUACACUUUUAAGCGGAAUCAUGUCCAACGUAGGAAUAAAGUAAUGUAAACAUGCCAGAAACACAAUAUAAUUGCAAUCAUAUAUUUCACGAUAAUGAUAAAUAUAAAAAUAAUAGAUUUUAAAGAUAAGAUUGACAUGCACUUGAUGCGACGAUUGUGUUUCUGGCAUACCACAUUGCGAAAAGGCUGUGAUAUAUUAUUUUUAUUUUUUUCUCUUGCAGGUGGCGAUUAGGGCUUGCUUCAGGUGUAUAUACUAGUAUUUGUGUAUAAUAAUUAAAGUGCACUAGCUUUGUUGCAUUACCCUUAUUCCAAUAAAUCUACAA